CUUGAGACGAUUCAAAAGUGCAGCUGGAUUCCUAACAUUGGCGAUGCCAUACUGAGACCUUAAAAGUCACUAUCAGUUUUAAUUGACCCAGAACAAGAUGGCGACCAGGAAGACUGAGUUCCAGCGAAGGAUUGUGUCCAAGGACGGCCACAACAAUGUGCGGAUCGACAACGUGGAGGGCAUGGUGAAGCUGUACCUGCACGACAUCUGGACCACCGUGGUGGACAUGAAGUGGCGCUACAAACUCACUCUGUUUGCCUCCACCUUUGUCACGACUUGGUUCAUCUUCGGGGUCUUUUUUUUCUUAAUCAGCAUGGGCAACGGAGACUUUGAGCCCGGUCGGAACGCCAACCACACGGUCUGCUUGGUGAACGUGGAGACCCUCACCGGAGCCUUCCUGUUCUCGCUGGAGUCUCAGACCACCAUCGGUUAUGGGUUUCGUUACAUCUCAGAGGAGUGCCCUCUGGCUAUCUUCACUCUGGUGGCUCAGCUCGUCAUCACCGGCCUGGCAGAGAUCUUCAUCACCGGGGCCUUCCUGGCCAAACUGGCUCGCCCCAAGAAACGGGCGGAGACCAUCAAGUUCAGCCAGUUUGCGGUGAUCUGCCGGUUACAGGGAAAGCUGUGUCUGAUGGUGAGAGUGGCCAACAUGAGGAAGAGCCUUCUGAUCCAGUGCCAGCUAACAGGAAAGCUCCUCCACUCCAAUGUGACAGAGGAAGGCGAAAAGACACAAAUCCACCAGAGCUCUGUGGACUUUCACAUGGACUCCACUGCAGAGUGCCCCUUCCUCAUCCUUCCGCUCACCUUCUACCACGUUCUGGACGAGCACAGCCCGCUGGCAGGACUCAAUGCCGAAAACCUGCACACUCGUGAUUUUGAACUGCUGGUGACCCUCAACGCCACCAUGGAGUCGACGGCCGCCACGUGCCAGAGCCGCACCUCCUACAUCCCUCAGGAGAUCCUCUGGGGCUACGAGUUCAAGCCGGUGCUGUUCAGCAGCACAGGCGGCCGUUAUGUGGCGGAUUUCAACUUUUUCGACAAGGUGCAAGGGAGCAACGAUGCAGCCUUCCUCAGUCACAACACAGAGAAGCUCAAACUGGGAGAGGGCUUUAAGAAAGAAUAGAGGAUGCAUGUGCUGUCAUUGUGUUGCUCCUGCUUGAUGUAAAAGUGAUAUGUUAGUUUGGCCCUCGACCAGUACACGUUAUAGUAGUUAUUCCUUUGCAUGGUUCGGCUCGACUCGACUCACUUUUGGUACCAGGUGCUUUUCUCUAUUUCGUUUUCCACUGUGGAUCGUACACUAAGGGGGGCUUAGUGCAGGCGAGAUUCUCAACUGACAUCUUGCGCAUUCAUCAUUUCAUUAACGAUGAAAUCAGUUUAUUAACAAUGGAGUAUCGUGUUAACUUUCUAGUAGCAGUAGGCCUACACCGUUCAAUCCUAGCUAUUACCAAUUCGGGAACCACAAUCUUUCCUGAGUUUCUGAGUUGUUGUUUUCACUUCAGCAGGCGUUUCCGUGAACAUGACCGACGUGGUACCAGGAACUUUCCACAAACCAAAAACAAAGAUUUGAGUCAAAUGGAGCCGUGCCGUGCCUUGCAGUGGAAAUGUGCCAUUAGUUAGUCCAUUAUUCAAACACAUACUAUUUUAUUGAAUUGGUAUACAGUCAUUUUAACAUUAGAACCCCCAUCUCCCUUUGCCACCCUCCCUCCCUUCUCCUCCCUCACACA